AUGACGAUAUUAAGGAUAUUGAAAACUAUCUUCAAAAUUUUUACAGGGUCAUUGUCAGUGUCAGGAGUUGUAUAUGGAGUCCUUGCCUCAGCAUCUGUUUCCUUGAAUGCUAUUUUUACAAAGAAAGUUUUACCAGCUUUAGAUGGUUCAAUUUGGAUGCUGUCCUAUUACAACAAUGCAUUGGCCAUGGUUUUGUUUAUUCCCCUGAUUAUACUAAAUGGGGAAAUACCUGCAAUUUGGAAGAUGAUUUCUGAAGGCUCUUUGAAUUUCUGGGGAUUAAUGGUCAUUGCUGGACUCUUUGGCUUUGCCAUUGGCUAUGUAACUGGACUUCAGAUUCAGAUAACUUCACCUCUAACCCAUACCAUCAGUGGCACAGCAAAGGCUUGUGCCCAGACUGUGUUGGCCACUUGGUGGUAUGGAGAAGUCAAGGCUGCACUCUGGUGGAUUAGCAAUUGGAUUGUCCUUGGAGGUUCCAUGGCUUACACACGUAUCAAGCAGCAAGAAAUGAAGACUUCUCAUAAUUCAGGACUCUCAUCGGGUAAAGACAAAGUCUGAGUGCUUCAUUUGUUUCUUUAGAUCUGUGGACUCUGUUGCUCUCAUGACAUCUAUCUCACCUGCAGUAGUUUAUCUGCACAUAGUUGUGGGAUAUACAUUCCAAGUGACCAACCUGAUGCUAGGUAUUAUCAUCACAUUCACCAGUUAAUUGCAACUUUGUUUGUGUGAAGGCACAAGUGCACCAUAAGAAAAAAGAAUGGUUUCACAGAGGUUGGAUUUGGACUAGACUGUGAAAUGUGUGUUAUCACCACUAAAAUUUCUCUGAAUCAGCAGAUAUUACAUACAAGGUGAUCCAUAUAUGAUUUUCAAAAUCAUGACCCAAAUUGACAAUUUUUGCAAACCAUU